UGAUAUAGCCAACGUAAAAAUAACAUUUAUAGUUUCAGAAAAAAACUAUUUCAGCAAUUGUCACACAUGCAACACCUCAUCACGUUGUAGCUGUAGGCUGAAUGAGCAAAGGAAAUCCUGUGUUAACAUCUCUGCUGAUCUGUGAAACACAUGGUGUGAGAUCUGACCCAGAGAGGACGACAUGGACUCUCUCAAGUGGCCUCUGUUUUUUGUGUGCCUUUGCUCUAAGGGUUCUCAAACUGAAGUCUCAUCUUGGACAAUUAAGGUGCCGUCCUCAGUAAAAGGUCUCCCUGGAUCCUGUGUGGUGAUCCCCUGCUCGUUCAACUACCCAGAUCCAAGCAGUGUGGUCACUGAAUUCACUGGGAUGUGGGCUGAGGGGGCACAUGUGCUCAUCUAUCACCCAGACAAGUCAACAGUGAAGCAGCAGUAUCGGAGUCGGACAGAGCUGCUGGGAGACAUCAGACAGAAGAACUGUUCAUUGAAGAUUGAUCCCCUUCAACAAAGUGACCAAGGGCCGUUUUAUUUCAGGAUCGAAAUGGCAGGCUAUGACAAGUUUUCUUACAAAGAGAACACAGUCUCCAUUACAAUGAGUGUACCAAAUCCCAUCCAGUUCUCUGUGAAAGAGGAGGUAGUGGAAGGUGAGAAGGUGUCUGCAUCUUGCUCAGUGUCUCACUCCUGCCCCACCUCUCCUCCUGUCUUCACCUGGAGUCACACUGGAGACAUACAUUUACAACCACAGCAGCUUGACGAUGGCCAGUGGAGAGCGACAUCUACCCUGAACUUUCAAGCUACCCGCGCUGAUCACAACAAGCCUUUACAUUGCACUGUAACAUACAAGGGAGGGCAGCAUCAAAAAACAUCCAGAGACCUCAAAGUAAAAUAUGCCCCAGUAAAUGUGACAGUUGAGCAUAAGUCAGAUGUAAAGGAGGGAGAAGCUGUGCAGCUGAGAUGCUCCAGUGAUGCUCACCCCCGUGCCAGCAGCUAUCAGUGGCAUAAUGAAACUGGUGCUCAGCUGCAUCAAGGAAAUGUCUACAUGCUGCCAAAUGUCUCCAGACACACAGGAGCUCUGUACUGUACUGUCAUCAAUGCAGUAGGACGAGGCAAUUCAACCCCUGUGCAGCUUAAUGUGUUAUAUGCCCCUGAGAUUAAGAUGGCUUCUUCCUGCUCCUCAGAGACAGAUAUGGUAAAGUGUGUGUGCAUUGCAGAGUCCAAGCCUCCCAGCAUGGUCUAUUUUGUGCUUUCUGACAGAGUCCUGCCAAGCACCGAGGUAGAGAAACAUGGCUUUGUUACCAUUGGGACUCUGUGGGCAAAGUUUGGAUCUUCUGAGGCUGUCUACUGUCUGGCAAACAACACCCUGGGCAAUGCCAACCUCACACUCCCUUUACCUAACAGUAAGAUGCAGAAUCUUUACAUUAUCAUCGCUUCUGGAGCAGGCGGGAUUUUGGUGAUGCUUUUAAUAACAGUGAUAGUUGUUAAAAAAUGCAGGGGGAGGUCUAAGGAUGCACCAACACCUCGCAUGAGCUCACUGAAAACAGAUAAAGAUGUGGUGCUCCCUCAGUAUGCUGCAACAAAAAGAAAAGAAAGGUGCUAUGAUGAUGUACAGUGCUCCGGCAUUUACAUCGAUGAUCAUGUGUAUGGCAACAUGGAGACUGACUGUGAUGAAGCAAUAUAUGCCAAUAUGUAACAUUGUUCAACUCAUUUGAGGAACAGCUCCAUCUGAUGUGGGUCAAGAAAGUUGUACAAAAAAUAUGUUUUAUUCUGUAUAUAAGUGCUGUUUUUCCCCUGUAAUUCCCACAUAUUUUUGAAAAUAAUUCCCUGACUGCUUGUCUGAUCAACAGUCACAAAUGUGAAUGAUGAAAAAUCACCAUUAAACUGCUGUCAUUUUUUAGUUACAUAUAUGUUUGAUAACUUUUAAUUUUCAGUCAAAUCAAUGUAUUAGUCACCUAGUAACACAUCUUGCACAAGUCGCACCUUUUAAAUGUCCUCUUUAGCUGUAUAUGCAUUUGUAUGUACUGUAUAAACACAUGCACUCUCACAGAUUGUAUUUAUUCAUUAAUCAACUAAAACAAACUGAUAAUGUAAA